AAAUACUCAAUGAUUAUUGUAAAACUAGCGGACCCCCGCGACUUCGUUCGCGUGGCGACGUUUAGUUUUUCACAAAUCCCUCGGGAACCAUGGAUUUUUCUAGGAUAAAAAGUAGCUUAUGUGUUAAUCCAGGCUAUAAUAUAUCUCAAUACCAAAUUUCAGCUAAUUCGGUUCAGUAGUCCAGGCAUGAAAGAGUAAUAAACAUUCAUAUCAUCAAAAUUCACUUCAUUUCAUUCAUUCACGUUCGGGAGUCGCCGCAAGACAGUCGCGUUGUGUGUUGUGUAAGCGAAUUGUGAGUCAUGAAGAUCUGUGAAGGCUGCUCUAAGCAAAUAAAGGAUUUUGCUUUGGUGUGCUGUAAGUGUAAAAAGUGCUACCACGCAAGGUGUUUAAAUAUCAACACGGCACAGUUAAACAAAAUUAAGAGGUGUUCCAACUGGACCUGCCCAGCGUGUCCCACUAAAGCAGUAAGACACGAUGAUACGCCUGUGAAGGGCGGUGUGGAGCCGGAGGAGGAUACUAGUGGCUCAGAUGCGGAAUCAGAUGACCGCGCUUCCAAUCCUCGCAGUUGUGGUGCCUUAACACCUACAAUUAUGGUCACGGACUCGCACCCAGCGGACACGAACUCAUUAUUUAAUACAAUAUCUCUGCAGAUGUCGGUCUUGCAGAACAAAAUGACAACGUUGGAGACAAUAAAAAAUGAGUUGGCCAACAUUAAGACGGACAUCGCAGAUAUAAAAAACAACAUAUCUACAAGAAUCGACGAGAUGGAAAACAGAGUUUUGGAGGUAGAAACAAAACUAGCUACAUUGAGUGACUUACAAAACGAACUUAUUACACUGAAAGAGAAGGUUAAUUGUAUGUUAGAAAAUAAUAUUAAAAACGAUCAAUGGGUGCGUCGCUCAAAUAUCCAAAUAAAUGGCAUCCCACAUAAAAAAGAUGAAAAUCUUAUUAAGGUGAUUGCUAACUUAGCUGAGAAGUGUGGUUAUUCGUUGGACCCAAAAACAGAUAUUGACUUUGUCACUCGGGUUGCAGUCAAAAACGAUGUCGAUAGCUCAUACCCUAAGCCAAUUAUUGUGAAACUUUUGUCUAGGUACAAAAAAGAUGAUUUAUUAUCGUGUUUGCGACGUUUGAAAGAUUUGAAGGCUUCUGAUGUUGGCUUCCCUGGUAACCAAAAUCGCGUUUACAUCAACGACCACCUGUCUAGCUAUAAUAAAAUGUUAUUACAAAAGGCUAAACUUAUGGCAAAAGAAAAAAAAUACUCCUACUGUUGGGUACGUAAUUGCACGGUUAUGGUUCGACAAAACGACAAUUCAAAAAUUAUACAUAUAACAUCAGAAGAAUCUUUAAAAAAAAUUGUCUAGG